AUGGUUGGUUGUGGAAAACGUUUAGUCCUUGAAGAAAUUUUAACAGAGAAGCAGAUUCUUCAUAUUUUGAAUCAAGCUAUUGGUGGAGACGGUCCCGCAAUUGAUUCAAACCAUGGUGCGUCAGAGCUACAUCUACACAGACUCAAUCAUCGUGAUGCCAGAUCUGACGUCGCUUGGCUACACUUCUCGUCAUUUCCUCGACACCCUGGACUAUGA